CCCGCAGGCUAGCAGGAACAGCCUGGUAGGGUCCAUCUCGGAUAGACGCGGAUGAUGCCAGAGCUAUGACAGGGAUUGCAGUCUUGGCACUGAGGGGUGAUCAAUUAUGGAACAACUACAGGAGGAAGUACCUGAGGUCAGGGAAGAGGAGGAGGAAAAGGAAGAGGCAGUGAUGGUGGCAAGCGGACCCUCGGACCCAAGUGGAGGACCAGACAGCUCGCUGCCUUCGAGCAGCUACACAGACCUUUCGCAGAGCUCCUCUCCCUCCCUGUCGGACCAACUGCAGAUGGGCUGUGAGGAGGCAGCCUUGGGAGCACUGAACGUGGAGUGCAGGGUCUGCGGAGACAAAGCCUCGGGGUUUCACUACGGUGUGCACGCCUGCGAGGGCUGCAAGGGUUUCUUCCGCCGGACGAUCCGCAUGAAGCUGGAGUACGAGAAGUGCGAGCGGAGCUGCAAGAUUCAGAAGAAGAACAGGAACAAGUGUCAGUACUGCCGCUUCCAGAAAUGCCUCUCACUGGGCAUGUCGCAUAACGCGAUCCGCUUCGGCCGCAUGCCGGAGGCAGAGAAGAGGAAGCUGGUGGCAGGGCUGACGGCAAGUGAGAUCAGCUGCCAGAACCCGCAGGUGGCCGACCUGAAAGCUUUCUCCAAGCACAUCUACAACGCCUACCUGAAAAACUUCAACAUGACCAAAAAGAAGGCGAGAGGUAUCUUGACCGGGAAGGCCAGCAGCACCCCACCUUUUGUGAUCCACGACAUGGAUACCUUGUGGCAGGCAGAAAAGGGGCUGGUCUGGAAACAGCUGGUGAAUGGCAUUCCUCCCUACAAGGAGAUCGGGGUGCACGUCUUCUACCGCUGCCAGUGCACCACGGUGGAGACUGUGCGGGAGCUCACGGAGUUCGCCAAGAGCAUCCCCAGCUUCAUAGGCCUCUACUUGAACGACCAAGUGACUCUGCUGAAGUACGGGGUGCACGAGGCCAUCUUUGCCAUGCUGGCCUCUAUCAUGAACAAGGAUGGGCUGUUGGUGGCCAACGGGAAUGGCUUCGUGACCCGCGAGUUCCUGCGUAGCCUGCGCAAGCCCUUCAACGAGAUCAUGGAGCCCAAAUUCGAGUUUGCUGUGAAAUUCAAUGCGCUGGAGCUGGAUGACAGUGACCUGUCUCUGUUUGUGGCUGCCAUUAUCCUGUGCGGAGACCGUCCUGGCCUGAUGAACGUGAAGCAGGUGGAGGAGAUCCAAGACAACAUCCUGCGAGCGCUGGAGUUUCACCUGCAGUCCAACCAUCCGGAUGCCCAGUACCUCUUCCCCAAGCUGCUGCAGAAGAUGGCCGACCUGCGGCAGCUGGUGACGGAGCACGCCCAGCUGGUGCAGAAGAUCAAGAAGACGGAGACAGAGACAUCUCUGCACCCGCUUCUGCAGGAGAUCUACAAGGACAUGUACUAA